ACUUGGAAUUGAAUUGUUCAUUGUUAUAGUGUCUCUGCCAUAACUGCUUCUAGAGAUCGUAUUAUUUUUGUUAUACAUUCCAUCUGAUCACUCAUCAGUUGUAGGAGGUGGAAUAUAUUCACUAUUAAAUGCUGCAUUCGGGUUUUCAGAUAUGAAUCAUGUUUGUUAUCCGCAUAACAUCUGCCUAUUUAUGAAACUUAAUACUGCAAAUUUUGAUUUCUCACUUGCUCCUUUCAUGUUCAGCCGGAAAUAGUGUGCCACUUUACUUGCUGAAAUUCUGCAGAGAAGGGUAAAAAAGGCAACCUCUUAACAAUUCAUAGCUAGUCCGACUAUGGGGAAUAAGAUAAACUCGAAGGCAUUGGUGGAUAAGGGGAGCAACAAAGUUAUCUUCAUAGAGUCCGAGAGUGCUUUUGUUGAUGUUCUUGUAAGUUUCUUGACAAUCCCCUUAGGAACAAUACUCAAGCUUGGUCGUGAGCAUUCAGCACCAGUGGAUAUAGGAUGCAUGAACAAUUUGUAUUCAAGUGUGAAGGAAAUUGACGUAAGUAAGUUGCGUUCAGAUGCAUGUAGAGAAAUGUUGUUGCUUCCCCACAACGCGGCUGAACCUCAUUGCAAGAACCUUGUAUUGCAAAUUGAUCACAAAGCCAAGCCAACACAGUACUUUGUAUGCCCUUAUACUCUUUGUAUGAUGGAUGCCACAAGAAGGUUCUUCAGUUAUUACCGAGGUAUCUCUAAUCCAUGGUGCCAACAUUCCAUGGAUCGUGAGAUUACAUUUUCUGUGGAUGUUGCAAGCGCAUUUGUAACAGAGUCAGCCAGGCUUCUGAUUACCGAUGAUUUACAACUGAUCUCCCCUUUUAGCAAAUCAAUCGAUUCUUUAUUUACAAAUCUUGGAGUCACCAAUAGGACUACUACCGAGGAGUUGAAUAUGAAUAUUGGAGUUGAUGAGGUUAUGAAUUUGCUUAUAAGCUCCUUAGUAUCAAAGACACCAUUGACCGAAACUCUACUGAAGCAUAAACGCGUGGCCAAACGGAGCAAUGAAAAUAAUUAUCAAGCCAUACACAUUGAUCCUCAAACAGUAGGGGAGACAGUGCUGACGGAAGAAGACAACAUUUCUAUCAAGCUGAUAAUUAGCAAAUCCAAGAACAUUGUUUGCUACGCAGAAGCCGGGGAGGAUUUUGUUAAUUUACUUUUCAGUUUCCUAACUCUGCCACUUGGGUUUGUAGCAAAGCAGAUACAGGAUGGGUCUCUGAAGGGAUGCAUUGAUCAGUUAUACCGGAGCAUCCAAGAUCUCGAUGAACAAUACUUGAAGUCAAAUCAUCACAAGGAAAUGCUACUGAAUCCGAAGCUUGUUCCUGGUUUUUGCUACAAGAGUCUUUUGGGAAUUGAGGAAGCCUCAUAUUAUUAUCUCGACGGCAAGCUAACUACCGAUAGUUCCCUUAUCCCUUCUAAUACGCCAUUGGAGUCAUGUAAAAUCGAACCCACAGAUAACAACUCCAGUGCUAGAGGAUUUUUGAAAGGACCGGCGUCUUUCACAGUAGCUGACAAUCUGGUCAUAAGACCGAUAUCUACAAUCUUUGAGCUGUCUGUUCUUGACAAACUGAAUGUACCUUUCACCGACACUGAAAAUAGAGUUGUUCUUAUGGGCAAGAAGGAGGCUUUGAGUCUUCUGGUGGCUUCUUUUGCUAGUGACUCUGCCCUAACUAAUGCCUUCAUUAGCAAGCCAUAUCAAGCAUAACCAGAGCUUGGCUAUUUAAGAUGAAGAAUGUACUAAUUUCAAACAGGACUGUAAUGUUUUCAUGAUUAUGCAAAUUUGGGAUUGGUGUUUGCGUGUGUGGGCAAGUUCGAAUGUACUAAUUUCAUUUUAUUACAACAUGAGUGGACAAUAAUUUUAUAUUUUGAAAAUAGUAUCCUAAAUAAAACAUAUGUUGUAAUGUCGGUGGAAUGGAAUGAAAACACCACGUAGCGGUCGCAGUGUUAUGGUUGAUA